GGAUUAUAAAACCGCCAACAUUCCUGAGAAGAAAGAAACUAUGAGGAAAUUAAAGGAAAUUGCCUUCCCAAAAGCUGAGGAACUGAAAAAGUUGCUUCUCAUGCAGUAUGAUAAAGAACAUGCUGAAUAUCUUGUCCAGAAGGUCCUCGUGGUGGCGUGGUUACUCACCUCAGUCCGGGUGGCAGAGGACAAGUCUCAGUUGCCUCCGCUUCUGAGACAAUCCACGCAUCUUAUCACGUGGCUCGCUGUGCAUGACACCAUGGAGACUCACAGUAUGUGGAGGCUCAUGCUACUCUCCGCGAUCCACGAACAACUUACCACACGCCCCAUUGAGAGCGAGAACCCCUAAUCGCGACCACGAGGAGGUUACCCCAUGUGACUCUACCCUCCCUUGCAACCGGGCCAAUUUGGUUGCUAAGGAGACCUGGCUGGAGUCACUCAGCAAGCUCUGAAUUCAAACUCGCGACUCCAGGGGUGGUAGUCAGCGUUAAUACUCGCUGAGCUACCCAGGCCCCCUGUCACCAAGCCCUCAUUAUUUUUUAACCCCUCUCCUCCAAUCACCUGACUCCAUUCUGGUUAUACCGCCCACUUUUCAUGAUCAAAUCAAUUCCCACUAGAUAAAAUCAAGUCCUGCCAUGCAUUAUUUUUCUCACUGAAUAUUAAGGCCUUCAAAUUAAAAUUCAAAUAUUCUUCAAAUUUAAGAUAAAAUUGCACAAUUUGGAUGUGUGCCAAGCACCGAUGAUGACUUACAUUAUUGGGCUAAAACAGACGAAGUGCAAAAAUUAAAACAGAAUGUGGGUGUCUUUAUACGCGUUUUACAGGUUGAAUUUCCUUUUUAAAUUAGUUACCUUUUUAGGAUUAGUUGUACAUGUUUAUUUAUGACCAUGUGAAUCCUGGCAGAGAGCAGAGGAGGAGGCCCAGGCUCAAGAGAUGGCCAGACAGCAGAAGCUGGAAGCUGAGCGGCAGAGACAGGCCGAUCUGCAGAAGCGUCAGCGUGAACAGGAGAAGUUUAGCGCUUUUGAAGAGAUGAUCCGCAGGCAGGAGUUGGAGAAGGAGCGGCGGCGUGUCGUGCAGGAAUUCAGUGCCCCAACAUCACCGACUGCUCCCCCAGAUCUUGUGCCUGAUGUAGGACCUCCACAGGCCUCAUUUACAACACCGAUGCCUCCUGGAGGAACUCCAAACCAUAUCUCUUCAACUUCAGGCCUCCCGGUGUUUGACCGCUCUCUAAAGCCUAGCAUUCCAGUCAGUGCAGGACACAGUGCUGUGGUAAAUGGCUUGCGGCAGCUGUUUGUGCCUGCAGAGCUGUGCCAGAAAUUUUUAAAACUGGCAGAUGCCAACACUGCACGGGCAGUGGAGACCUGUGGGAUUCUCUGUGGCAAACUGAUGAAGAAUGCCUUCACAGUGACGCAUGUGAUUGUGCCCAAGCAAUGUGGAGGGCCAGACUACUGCGACACAGAGAAUGAGGAAGAACUUUUCCUGAUUCAAGAUCAGAAUGAUCUCAUUACACUGGGCUGGAUACAUACCCAUCCCACCCAGACGGCCUUUUUGUCCAGUGUGGACAUGCACACACAUUGUUCUUAUCAAAUGAUGCUUCCUGAGUCCAUAGCCAUUGUAUGCGCGCCUAAAUUUAAAGAGACGGGUUACUUCCGGUUGACUGACUAUGGAAUGGACGAGAUUGGUUUCUGCAAACAAAGAGGAUUCCACCCGCAUCCAAAGGAGCCACCACUCUUCUCUGCUAGCAAACAUGUCACUAUCACUGAUGGAAGUGUGACAGUGCUGGAUUUGCGGUGAUGUCAUCACUGCUGCUUUAAAAAUAUGUGCCUUUGCUCCUGACCUCACGGUAACACACAAACUUGCCAAGAAGUACCCAAUGGGCCAAAAAGCACUGCGCUCAACAUGACUAAUGAUAGCUUAAAGGUGAAGUGUGUUAUUUCUGUGACACUAAAGGCAUCAAACAGAAUUGACAAAAAUAUUAUGACUGUUUCCAAACUGGAUAUAACUGAAGAAUGAGUUUUGACCUCAAAUUUUGUAAUUCUGUUUGGUGUUGCAAAAAUUGCACACUUCACCUUGUUUUUUUGUUUUUUGCUAUUUCAUAUUUUAAAAUUGUAAAAGCUUAAUAAAAUGGCUCAUGUGCAGGAUCACCUAAGCCAUCUUCAUACUAUUGCAUUACUAUUCUAUGGUAUUAUAUACAGUUGAAGUCAGAAGUCUACAUACACUUAGGUUGAAGAAAUUAAAAAUAAUUUUUUAACCACUCCACAGAUUUAAUAUUAGCUAAAUAACUAUAGUUUUGUCAAGUAGUUUAGGGCAUCUACUUUGUGCAUGACACGAGUAAUUUUUCCAACAAUUGUUUACAGACAGAUUGUUUCACUUUUAAUUUACUAUAUCACAAUUCCAGUGGGUCAGAAGUUUACAUACAGUAAGUUAACUGUGCCUUAAAGCAGCUUGGAAAAUUUCAGAAAAUGACAUCAAGCCUUUAGACAAUUAGCCAAUUAGCUUCUGAUAGGAGGUGUACUGAAUUGGAGGUGUGCCUGUGGAUGUAUUUUAAAGCCUACUUUCAAACUCAGUGCCUCUUUGCUUGACAUCAUGGGAAAAUCUAAAGAAAUCAGCCAAGACCUCAGAAAACAAAUUGUGGACCUCCACAAGUCUGCUUCAUCCUUGGGAGCAAUUUCCAAAUGCUUGAAGGUACCACGUUCAUCUGUACAAACAAUAGUAUGCAAGUAUAAACACCACGGGACCACGCAGCCAUCAUACCGCUCAGGAAGAAGACGCAUUCUGUCUCCUAGAGAUAAACAUAGUUUGGUGGAAAAAGUGCAAAUUAAUCCCAGAACAUCAGCAAAGGACCUUGUGAAGAUGCUGAGGAAACAGGUAGACAAGUAUCUAUAUCCACAGUAAAAUGAGCCCUAUAUCGACAUAACCUCAGUCCGAUAGAAAGUUUGUGGGCAGAACUGAAAAAGCGUGUGUGAGCAAGGAGGCAUAUAAACCUGACUCAGUUACAGCAGUUCUGUCUGGAGGAAUGGGCCAAAAUUCCAGCAACUUAUUGUGAGAAGCUUGUGGAAGGCUACCCAAAACGUUUGACUCAAGUUAAACAAUUUAAAGGCAAUGCUAUCAAAUACUAACAAAGUGUAUGUAAACUUCUGACCCACUGGGAAAGUGAUGAAAGAAAUAAAAGCUGAAAUAAAUCAUUCUCUCUACUAUUAUUCUGACAUUUCACAUUCUUAAAAUAAAGUACUGAUCCUAACUGACCUAAGACAGGGAAUGUUUUCUACGAUUAAAUGUCAGGAAUUGUGAAAUAUUGUGAGUUUAAAUGUAUUUGGCUAAGGUGUAUGUAAACUUCUGACUUCAACUGUAUGCAGUUGAAUUUAGUUCUGCAUCUGUCUGUAAUGGAAAUGCUUUAUGUUAAUAAAAAGGUCCUCACAUGCCAAUGCAACCAGCUUUAGACAGAGAUGGCAUUUGUACUUAGCUUAAGAAAUAAUGAUUAAACCACUGUCUAGCUUUUCAAUUUGUUUUUGCCUCUUAUAAUUAAAUCAGUCACCGUAAUUAGA